CUUCCCAUCUCUGCUCCGAGGUGCGGGUCCCCGGCGCGGUGGGGCAGGAGGCGGCGGGGCGCUCCCUCCGGCCGGAUAGUGGUAGGUGCUUCCCGCGGUGGCGUCUCGGGCCACCCCGGCCAUCGCAGCGGGGGCUCGGGGUCGGAAGCGCGCGGGGCUGUUGUCCGGGCGGGGUGGCGCUGCUGGCGCGGGACUAGCUGGGGCCUGUGUCUCCUUGGCUCUCUGUUGCAGCGAGCGGCCGCGUCUCCGGCGGAACCGGCGGCGUGGCGUCUCUAAGGCGAGAGCCUUGAGGUUGGAGGUGGGACGAGCCCAGUGGAGUGGUUAGCCAACGACCGCAGCGACCCUUAGGAGUUCUUAAGACGAGAGCUGUGAAGGGAAAACUACGCCAGGACCUUGUCCCCUAAUGUCCUCUUUCCUUUCACCUCGGGAUGAGUGUGGCAACGCCGUAACGCCUGGCCGCCUGACUGCUCCAUGUUGGCUUCCUUGGGUCUCAACUCCUAAUGCUUUCUUUCCUUGGCCUUCUGAAAACUCCUUUACAGGUUCUUAUGAUUAAACUUGUCAAGGCAUCUUACUUUAGCCUUACGUAAUUGAACAAAUUUCGUGACUCAGUUUUGAAAGGGGGAAAAUAGCUCAUCAUUGCUAUUACCCAAGUUUUCAGGCCCUCCCCCAUCUCCCAGGAAGGGAUUCGAGGUUUUCUUGGGUCCCGUGACUGUAAAGCAGCGCAAAGACUACGUUAUCCUCAGCUUGAGGGUAUUAGAACGUCUAUUACCGGCUUUUGAGCUUUCUUUCCAAAGUUGCCCUAGUAGAAACCGAUGAAAGUGAGUCCUGGUGAAACCCUGUAAGAAGAAAAAAAAGGGAACAAAAGUCCCAGGCUAUGAGUGUUCCGGCUGUUGGAUUGGUAUUUAUUCUAGUGGGGCGGGUGAAGGGGAAAAAAAACAAAACACUGGAGGGGUUUGUUGGCAGGAAAGAAUUUGUUCCUUCUAGAAAAGGCUACUAAUUGCUCUGAUUCUUUUCUGAUUUGUUGUCUAGUGGAAGGAGUAGUAAACAGUUACCGCCUUACCCACCCCAAAAUACUUAAUAUUCCCGAAUCCAGUUUUCAGUUAAAAUUUAUUUAGGCCUUUACAGCCAAGUUAACAAAAAAAAGGGGGGGGUUUUCAAGCUCCCCCUCUUCUGCCGUUUGUAGAGACAUUUUUAAAAUGGUACUUGUGGCUCAUUUAGGUUGACGCACUAUAUAAAGAAUUGGAAGACUCGGGGCUGGAGAGAUGGCUCAGUUGUUAGGGCCUUUGACUGCGCUUCCAGAGGACCUGGGUUCAAUUCGCAGCACCCACGUGGCAGCUCACAGCUGUUUGUAACUCCAUGAUCUAACACCCUCACACAGAUAUACAUGCAAGCAAAACACCAAUUAUAAUUUUUUUUUUUCCGAGACAGGGUUUCUUUGUAGCUUUUUUGGUUCCUGUCCUGGAACUAGCUCUUCUAGACCAGGCUGGUCUAGAAGACCACUCACAGAGAUCCGCCUGCCUCUGCCUCCCUAGUGCUGGGAUUAAAGGCGUGCACCACCACCGCCCGGCCAAUUAUGAAUUCUUUAAAAAAAAAAAAAGAAUCAGAAGACUAGAGGCUUUUCUGAAGGUUCGCCUGGAUUUGUUGUUGUCCUUUGGUUUACUGGAGUGGAACCCAGGGCUUGUAGGUGCCAGGCAAGUGCUCUGGUACUCCUUUUUCUUAUAACAACUUGGUAUUUAAUAUGGUAGUUUUUGUUUUCUGCUGGCCAUAAAUCAGCAGUGAUGAAAUUUCAUGUGACACAGCAGUGGUGUCACCCCUUCUCAUUGCUUUUGAGGGUAACAGCCCUAAAAGAUUUUUAGAUAAUAUAUUUGCUUUAGUUUCUAUAGGAAAUUCUGAGAAGAGUGUGUUAUCUUCAGGAUGUCACAGGGAACAUGAUAGUUCCAUCUCUGGAAAAGUAUUUAAAAUUGGGUGGAAACCUUUUUUUGUUUUGUUUUUCAAACCUUUUGAACCUGUCCUGGAACUAGCUCUUGUAACCCAGGCUGGCCUUGACAGAGACCACCUGCCUCUGCCUCCCAAGUGCUGGGAUUAAAGGUAUGUGCCACCACCUCCUGGCUAAGUGGAGACUUUUUAAGGUCUACCAAACACUGAAGGCAAAAUAUUUGCAUAUAAAUAUAUCUACAUUUACAGUAUUUAGAAUUCAGACCCCAAAGUUAUUUUGUGAUACUUUUAUAAACUUAUUUUUCCUGAUAAUCUAGCAAUGGCUAGAGUGCUGUCAGCAUUUUAGAAAUGAACCACCCCAAACCAUGCUGGGCACACCUUUAACUCCUCCAGUACUCGGGAGGCAGAGGUAGGUAGAUCUGGGUGAAUUUGAGGCCAACCUAGCUACCAAGGACAGCUGGGGUUGGUUACACAGAGAAAUACCAAAAGAAAAAGAACCAAGACCCAGAAGACCAUAUAAGCCCCAGUUAACUGCUCGUUGUAUAUCCAUAAUCUCUUUUCUCCCCCUCCUUUAAUUUUAUUGUAUGUGUGUGGGUGUUUUGCUUGCUGCAGUGCCUGAGGAAGCCAAAAGAGGAAGUUACAUCCUCUGAGGCUAGGGUUAUAGGUGAUGUCAGGUUACCAAGUGGGUGCUGGGAAUUGAACCGGGGUCCUAGAAGAGCAGCCAGUUCUCUUAAUUGCCACAGCAUCUCUCCAGCCCAUAUUUCAGGUUAUUAAUCUAACAAGGAUUUGUAGUCCUAGUUUGACAAUCCAUAUCUGGGUCUAAAACUGUUAUCAAGUAUAUGAGGUUAAGUGCUGAAAUAAGUGUCAGACAAGUUUGAUUAAAUGUGCAGUCAGGGGGCUGGAGAGGUGAUGGUACUUAUUACUAUUCCAAAGGUCCUGAGUUCAAUUCUCAGCAACUACAUGGUGACACACAACCAUCUGUGCUUGCCAACAUAUAUACAGUCAGAACACUGUAUACAUAAUAAAUAAAUUAAUCUUUUAAUUAAAAAAUACGCGAGUCAGAUGGUUGAAUUCUAGAAUCUGGUGGUAGUGAGAAUACUGAAAGGAAAUAUAAGACCAAAACAACUGAUACAAGAGCAACAGAACACAGCUUGAAUUAUUUAAGACUAGAAAUCCUUUUCAAGAAAGACAGGAGAAGGGGCUGGAGAGAUGGCUCAGUGGUUCAGAGCAUUGUCUGCUCUUCCAAAGGUCCUGAGUUCAAUUCCCAGCAACCACAUGGUGGCUCACAACCAUCUGUAAAGAGAUCUGGUGCCUUCUUCUGGCCUGUAGGCAUACGUGUAGACAGAAUAAUAAAAGAUCUUUUUAAAAAAAGGAAGUUAAAAGUUUUCAUUUGGGACUUAAGUUGUGGUGGUGGGUUUUUUUUUGUUUGUUUUGGGGUUUUUCAAGACUUAAAGUUUCUCUAGCUUUGGCGUUUAUCCUGGCUGGAAUUAGACCAGACUGGCCUUGAACUCAAAGAGAUCCCCUUGCCUUCCCAGUACCACGAUUAAAGGAAUGUGCCACCUCCCAGCUUGAUUUAAGAUCUUUAUGAGGACUGGAGAGGUGGCACAGUUGUUAAGAGCACUUGCUGAUCAUGAAGAGGAUCCAGGUUUGUUCUUAGCACUGGCAUCAAGUACCCACAACAUCUUUGAGUUUCCAAAUGAUCCAGUGCUCUCUUCUAGCCUCUAGCACCUGGGUGCAAGUGGUGCACAUCAACAUAUGCAACGCAGAUUUUUUUUUUAGAUUAUAUUAUUAUAUAUACAGUGUUCUAUCUGCAUGUAUGCGUGCAGGCUAGGAGGGCACCAGUUCUCAUUACAAGUGGUUGAUGAUUUGUCAUACCUCUUAGACUAAAUUAAGCUUCUCCAACUUAAUUUUAAUCAUUUACUUAGUUUAAUUUGCUUAAGGGGGCAGGUAGAGUGGAAGUAAGAGAAGGUUGAGUUUUCAUAGUGUCUUCCAGAGGACCUGAGUUGGUCUCUCCCAGCAACCACAUCAGGUAGCUCACAAUUGUCUGUAACUCCAGCUCCAAGAAAUCCCAAUGCCCUCUUCUGGCCUCUGCAGACGCUAAUACAGACGUGUGCACAUAAAAUCUUUUUUUAAAGCUGGGUGUGGUGGUGCAUACCUUUAAUCCCAGCACUCUGGUGGCAGAGGCAAGCCUGGUCCACAUAGUGAAAUUCAGGAUAGCCAGAGCAACACAGAGAUACCAUGAAUGAAAGAAUGAAAUCAGCCUUUUUAAGCCUCUACUGUUCAGUGGUUAAAGGCAAGUGCCACCAAACCCGACAGCCUGAUUUCAGUCCUUCCAGUGUACAUGGUGGAGAAAGAACAGACUUCUACAUGCCUGCCAAUGCACACAAACCACCACUCCCAGUCCAUACAUGAUUUUAGAAAAAAUGGGUAAAGCCGGGCAGUGGUGGCACACACCUUAAUCCCAGCACUCAGGAGACAGAGGCAGGCAUAUUUCUGAGUUCGAGGCCAACCUGGUCUACAGAGUGAGUUCCAGGGCAGCCAGAGAUACACAGAGAAACCCUGUCUUGAAAAACCAUGGGUUAAAGCAACCAGGUAUUGUGGAACCUGCCUAUAAUCAAUCCCUCUUGAAAAGGGAUGGGAGGAUCAGGAGUUGGACUGUAUGGAAUGGGAUCAGGGUGGAGAGGGAGAUAAUGGCUAACCAAAUCUGGUAGCUCAGACCUGUAAUUUGCACUGAAGGGGAAUUGCUGUAGAUACAGGGCAUAGUGAGUUGCAGAUAGCCCGAACUACCAGAAAACCAAGUAGGAAAGAUAAAGCUGUUACUUUGUGGGAAUAGUACUAACCCUGAAUUUGGUGUUGGAUUUAUUUUAAAACCAGUGUGUUUAAAUGCUAUCAUUAAACCAGUUAGUUGUAUGUUCCACUGUUUUUUCUCCACCCUAUCCCUACUUUCUUGUAAAAGGCAGACUUUUGAAAAGAAGCAGUGCCUGUAAUUCAUUUACAAUGCAUUGCUAUAAUUUUAUAGAUGGUAAAGCGUUUGCACUCUGUACUACCCCUAAAAUGGGAAUUAAAAAACCAUGAAGUGACACACAUGGUGGUACUUGGGAAGUGGUGAGAAUUUGCUGCAGCUUUCUGCCCCCACCCAGCCUUGAGAUCUGAGAGACUAACAGAGCAAAUAUUAUAGAUGAGUCUUUUUUUUUUUAAAGCUAAUUGUCUUAUAACUUGGUAACAAGUUUAGCAAGGGAAAAAUUGCUUGACUAAUCAGCAUAAUAGUUUCCUUGAGCCCAGCUGACUAGAAAAUAAUAGUAGAUGCUCAGGCAUCAUGAUCUUUGUAAAAGGUAUAUAUUUCUGUGCUAAGUGAAUUGAUUCUGUUAUUUCAUAAAUCUUAGCAGGUUUAAUAGGACAGAGGUAAAGGUGAAAAUAUAACAGUCACAUUGAGGAAGAGAUUGAUUGUUGAAUACUAGGAAAUGUAGAAGGCCAGCAGUAAAAGAAAAUGUGAGCUGUACAUAUACUUGUCUGUGGUCUUUGUUGUGGUAUUCAUCAGAGGUAUGAGUAGGUAGGCCUGAUAGAAGAAAAUUUACUUUUCCCCCUUGAAAUCAAGACCCUGUCGUGUGAUUAAUACCUUCAUGAAAGAGAUGAAGAUGAAACUAUGAAUGGAGAAUUUGGUGAUUGGUUUUUACUUUGGCUUUAACAUACCCAAGCCAAUUUAGUCCAAUAAACUUGAGAGGAGCCAGUGACCUUGAACAUGGAUCACCACUGCUAAGAGUUAAGCUCCUGUUACCUUCCACACCCAAGUAUGGGGCAUCAGCUCAGCUUUGUGCCUGUUAGGAGAGCUCUUAAACAACUGUGCUACAUCCCAGCCCUUUGCAGUCAUUUUUUAUACCAGCUUUUGAACGUGACAUUUUAUUAAAACACAUAAGCGGUCAGAGUUAUGGGCAAUCUUAAAAAUUCUUACCAAAAGAUUGUAAGUAUUGCAGAUAACCUGAUAUCUGUGGCAUGAGUUUAAAGUUUGAUUAUGAUUGCUAGACACUAAGCCAUUUAUGAUAAAGUUUUUUUAAUUAUACCAAACGUUUAGAGAAUACAAACAUAUGUCAUGUGAGUUGUCCAUGAGCCUUUGUAAUUAGAGACCACGUUGACUUCAUGGUGUAUCAGACAAACAGAAUGUUAAGAGAUGGCUUCACAUCCUAAUUUCUGUUAAAGAACUACCCUAUUGUAUCCCAGAGAAAGAAAGCAUAAGUGUCCCUACUGUAGCCUGAUAAGUAGAGUAUAAUAUUUGGACAACCAAAGUGCAUUUUCUUCUUGGGGCAUUUGUUUUAAAUCCACUGGUUUAUUUCUAUGUAAAUUCCUACUUUAAAGGACUAGAGAAAAAACUGGAAGUUUGUUCACAUGAUGUACAGACUUGAAUAUAUUUAAGUUUGUCCCUAUAAUCUGGUGGGGUUGCCUGGACCUAGUAUUUAAAAGGGUUAUUAUAAUGUUUAUAUAAGUUUAGUCAUAUUUACUGAAUAUUAAGUAUUUAGGUUUUAUAUUUUGCAUCUGCAAUACUGAGUUUCCUAUUGCUUUCUUAUGUUCUGUAACAGUUUGUCCAUAUAGCAAACUCUAGAACCUGUUUGGGUGAGUUGUGCUUUGAAAGCUUUCUGCCUGGCUUCUUUGUGGUUUGUAGUGUCUAAGGUAGAUGGAAGAAACCUUUAUCUCUUCAAUAAGACAGCUUUUAGAAAUGCUUAGUCUAUUGAGACAAGACAGAGAACCGCCUUACCUGCAUUUUUUUUCUCCCUUGCAAUUUAUGUUUCCAAAUUCUAAAUAAGGUUAUGAAUUUCUCUUUUGAAAUUUAAGAUUAGCUAGAUGUGGUCACACAUGAUGUUCCAGUUUCUUAGAAUGGAGAGGAGAGGCUCAUUUGAUACCACAAGUUUGAAGUCAGCCUGGGCAACAUGAUGAAAUCUCAAUUCAAAAACAAAGGGGAAAAAGUUAAGUUCCAGUAAUGGUGAUCUUUAAUCACAGCACUUGAGAGGCAUAGGCAGACAGAUCUCUGAGUAGGAGGCCAAUCUUGUCUACAGAGUGAGUUCUAGGACAGCCAGGACUACACAGAAACCCUGUCUCGAAAAAAAACAAGAGAAAAGGUAAAAGUUCACUGAAAAGUUGAAAUUGUUUCAUUUAAAAAGAUGGGACAGAGUUUUUUUUUUUUUUUUUUUAAUAUCUGCCUUCCAUAAGUGACUACUGGAACCUGGUUUCUAAUACAGUCUUUAGUGAAAGUGGCAUUUAUCUAGUUAGUGUUUGAGAAAUAAGACAUUUUUUAAACAAUAAGCAUUAGUAUGGCCAUAUUCUGUAACAUUUGAUUGUUCAUAGUAUAAGUCUGUAACAUUUAUGAUAGGUGUUAGCAGACAGUUAAGGGGACUACUCUAGAAUGUUGUUUAAAAUGUCUUUUAAAAGAUACUCUGGCAAACUGAUAUUUUGUUGUGGCUCUAAAUCUGGGAUUUAUUUUAUUAUUUUUUGCAUUCACAUAUAUAGCAUAUUGUGUAUUAUAUACUAUUACUAUAUUAUAUAUGUGUCGAUAUAAAUAAAUUGAAUUAUUAGAGUCUCCAGAAGUAAUUUUUGGAGCCAGCAAGUUGGUUCAGUGGGUAAGAGUUGCUGCCACAUUUCAUAACCCAACUUCCGAAUGGACUCUUAACAAGUUGCUUAAAAGAAGUCAUAUUUUGAAAACAAUGUUUAUGAGGAGAGGCUUGGACAUUAAUUUUUGGCUUAUAUAGGAUUUUUUUAAAUUCAUAGUAAAGCUAAAGGUUUAUAGUAUCUCAGCAAAACCUGCUACUUCUGUGUAAAGAGGCUGUGGUGCAUGUGUAAACACUGCUGCCACCACGGUACUUCCACAGCAGCAUACUUGUAUGCCAUUCUAGUGGGUCUGUUUUAGAGGGAGGAAAACUAAAAGGAAGACAUUCUCUUGAUUCGAAUUUUGAACCAGCCCUUUGCGAUUUCAAUUACAAGCAAAUUUAAUAAAUUUUUUAAGCACUAAGUAUUUUGAUCCAGGCAGCUGUCUAGAUAUGAAAGACUAAACACUGGAAAGGUUGGUGGGGUCCUGGUGAUACAGACCUUGAAUGAAGCCUAGCAUUCAGGAGACAGGGGCAGGAAGAUUUCUGUGGGUUCAAGGUCAGAUCUACAGAGCAAGUUCCAGGACAGCCAGGGCUGUACAGAGAAACCCUGUUUCAGGGGAAAGGGAAGGAAGAAGGAAAAAAAAAAAAACACUGGAAAGGUUGUCAUUGAAUUAAACUUCAAGGAAAGGGUCCAAGGAUGUAGUCCAGUUGAAGUGCUUACCUACCACCAGGCCCUUUUUAGUCCUCAGCACUACCUAGAACCAUGUUUGAUGUGGGAUAUCUUACUGUAUAAAUGAAAAUUGAUAUGAAUAUGUGUUUUUGUAAGAGUGGACUAAUUCUUUGCAUUCAUAACUGAGUCUUAAGUGGAUGGAAAAACCAAAUUUUGGUUUCUGUUUUGAUUGUAUGGGUCUCAACAUCAAUCAAGUAAGUUACUGUGCUUUUUAAUCAGUUAUAAAAUAUUUGGUAAGUUUUUAUGUAGAACUAACUUCAGAAACCAGUUGGCAUGAAGGAGAUGUCUUUCUCAUCAGCAGUAUACACAGAUGCCCCUGCAAGGAGUGCAGAUGUGCAUAAAUGCAGAAAGCAGUGGAAUCAAGCAAGGACAAGCAUAUUUUGUUUGUGCUUUAUGGUAUUUAAGUGGUACAAGAGUCAAGGAUUUCUGUGAACCAUAGUCCAUCCUGAGUUAUAAAAAUGCAAAUUUGUGUCUCCUGAAACAACAGCAUACAUUUCAGGAAUUUACAAGCCAAAGUGAAAUUGUUAGAAACUUUGUGCUCUUUUCCUUUAGUUUUUUUUUAAUGCUUGUCUUCAGAACACGUCUUUCUGGUUAAUAUGAAUGGGUGAAAAUGGUAGUCAAAACUGGGAGGUAUAAUUUUACAAAUUUGUUAUGGUUUUUAUCUCUGGCAUGUGUGCUAUCAUGUGAGUUCAGGUGGUGUGUAUGGCCACUUUGGCCUGGGAUGUUUUGCUUCGGCUGUACCUGAAUUUCUUAGUGUGGUUUAUUGAAAGUUAAUUCUAAGAUCAGUAAGAUCCUUCAGCCUGUAAAAGUGGAAAAUGAAUAUUUAGGUGGGGGGGAAUUGUAGUUUAUGUUUGAAUUACAUUUAUAUUAAAAUUAGGAACUAGAAUGGACUUGGGAGGAGGGUAAAGAGUAUGGUUAAAACUUAGAGAAAUUCAGUAAAUUAUGUUAGACUACACAUUUGAACAUUUUUAAAUACUAUAAAAAAAUUGGUUUUUUUAAUUUAUUUUUAAAUAAACUAGUUAUUUGCACUUUCCUGCUGGCCUUUCCAUAUGGUAGAUAACAUUCUAAACUCCAGCAGAGUUUUAUAAUCCCCACGUGCUUAAAUAUACUAAAUGUUCUUUUUCCAUUAAGGUUAAUGUUCGUGAAGAAAUUGAAGAGUUUUUUCCAAGAAUGUGGAAGAUAAAUCAAGAUAAAAGAAGGCUAAUGAAAAGUAUUAAAGAUCAGAAAAUUAAAAUUGAAUGGGGGAAAAAAAUUGAACAGAAGAUUGGUCAGAUAGAAGCACUUGAAUAUUUUUUUAAGGCUAUUUUGAAUUGUUUGGGGAAGAAUACACGAAGUAUGAAAAAUGAAAAACUCAAUGAAGAAUGAAGAGAAGUAGAAAGCAAGAGUGAAGUAGAAUUAAAAGAAUCUGGAAGAAUGAAUGGGUCCUAGGUUAAGUAAAUGAGUCUCGCUCUCAGUCAAAAUCUCCAACGGGAACUCCUGCUCGCGUAAAAUCAGAGAGCAGGUCAGGAUCUCGUAGUCCAUCACGGGUUUCCAAACAUUCUGAAUCCCAUUCUCGAUCAAGAUCAAAAUCCAGGUCAAGGUCAAGGAGACAUUCUCAUAGACGCUAUAGUCGGUCCAGGUCCCACUCUCAUAGGAGACGAUCUCGAAGUAGAUCCUAUACGCCAGAGUAUCGUCGACGAAGAAGCCGGAGUCAUUCUCCAAUGUCUAAUCGCAGAAGACAUACAGGCAGCAGGGCAAAUCCAGAUCCCAAUACUUGCCUGGGAGUGUUUGGCCUCAGUUUGUACACAACAGAAAGAGAUCUUCGUGAAGUAUUUUCUCGAUAUGGACCGUUGAGUGGUGUCAAUGUAGUUUAUGAUCAGCGAACUGGCAGGUCACGUGGAUUUGCUUUUGUGUAUUUUGAGAGGAUAGAUGACUCUAAAGAGGCUAUGGAAAGAGCAAAUGGAAUGGAGCUGGAUGGUAGAAGAAUACGUGUGGAUUAUUCUAUAACCAAGAGAGCUCACACACCUACACCAGGCAUUUACAUGGGCAGACCAACUCAUAGUGGUGGUGGAGGUGGCGGAGGAGGAGGAGGAGGUGGCGGCGGCGGCGGUGGUAGACGACGAGAUUCUUACUAUGAUAGAGGAUAUGAUCGAGGCUAUGACAGAUACGAAGAUUACGAUUACCGGUACAGAAGAAGGUCGCCUUCUCCUUAUUACAGUCGGUAUAGAUCACGGUCAAGAUCUCGUUCCUAUAGCCCAAGACGCUAUUGAUAAUGAUAAUGGAGUGGUUGUGGCUAAGGACUCUUUUUCCCUCCUUUUUUUUGAUUCUGGAUUUUCAAGCUUCUAAUGCUUCCUAGUCCUCAAAACAAAACCCUGGUUAUUUAAUCUGUGGCCAGUUGUGUUUCCGUUUUGCAUCCUUUGUUACUCUCUUAAUGGUGUAAUUGUCAUUUAAGUUGUUCAACAUCUUAAGUAAAAAAGGAGCCCAGUGUUACACUGUGUGGUUCUUUCUGCUUUUUCGGAGAUCGACUCAUUACUACGAAGAAAGAAAUGAUCUUUUGGAAACUUCUGUGACGGAUAUUGUAGUACACAUCCCAUUAGUAGAAAUCUGCAGUCUUGACAAACUGCCUUUUAACCUUCUUUGGGGGAAGAUAAAUAACACUUUAAGUAGUCAAGUUGUCUGGAGUGGCAUGGAACAGUUGAUUAGUUGAGUGUAGAAAGUUUGAAGUUGUAGGAGAAAAAUGAAGAAUGUAACUUUGAACCUAAAAAAUUAAGUCACCUUUUAGGAAUUAAAAGCUUGUAGAUUCCUAUAAAACAUGUUAUAUUUGAAGUUACAUGUUAAACCUUAUGAUCUUAAAGUGUGAGUUUUAUGUUAAAUUUACAGAAACUUAAGUAUUCCCUUAAUCAUUGAAGGAAAACCUUUAUUUAUUACCUAGAAAAAUUGUAUAACUUGCUGUUAGAAAUUUUGGUAUUGGGUUAUUGGUUUUGUGGGUUAUUGUAUAGUAUAGAAUUCUAAAAUACAUGUGGGAAAGAGUAAUUUCAAAUAAAAGUUAAUUUGAAAAUGGGGUUGUCUCUUUGAUAAUAAAAAAUACAACUUGA